AACGCCGGUGACGAUGGCUGGAGGCGCGAGUGUAAUCCCGUCAUGGAUGACUAAGGAAUAUUUUGAGGACGUGGUAGCUACCAAAUUUGGACUUAGUGUAGACGAGUUCAAAAUAAACGAUCUCGGCGUUGAAGCUGCCACCGAAGCAGGGGAUAAUUUUGUCUCAAAAAUCUAUCGCGUAACGAUCGACGUUAGCUGCUGUGAUGGUACGGUACAAAAGCUGCCGUUGAUUGUGAAGGCACUGCCAGAUCUUGGCAUGACCGAGGAGAUUGUUCAAAUUCUGAACGUAUUCCCCAAAGAGAUGGAAGUUUACUCCAAACUGCUGCCUGGAUUCGAGCAGUUGUACAGUGCUAAGGGGGUAAACGUGACAUUUGGGCCAAAAUGCUUUAAACAUAGCCGCGAGCCAACGGAUGUUCUGGUGUUGGAGGAUUUGAAUGAGAAACAGUUCAAAAUGGUAAACCGAAGGGAGCAGCUUGACCAAAGCCAUGUUAAAGUAUUUUUGAAGAAGUUGGCACAAUUUCAUGCAGCUUCUGCUCUGUACCAUGAGAAGAAUGGGCAAUAUAGUGAUAAAUUCGAUGAAGGAAUGUAUUCCAAACGAUCCGAACAAAUGUUUUCAGCGCAUUUCAGAACGCAGAUGGAAACAAUAACCAAAAUGACUCGCACAUGACCGAAUGGUGAUUUUUACGCUGAUUUGAUGUUCGAUUUUGGACUCUCUAUGUUCGGUGAGUUACUGAAAGUGACUCAACCUUCUGUCAGCGGAUUCAAUGUGCUUAAUCAUGGAGAUGCUUGGUGUAACAAUAUGAUGUUUCAGUACGAUGCUGAUAAUUCUAUCAAGGAAUUGUUGUUUGUAGACUAUCAAAUGGGAAUCUGGUCAUCACCCGUACUCGAUCUGAUUUACUUCAUUUUCACAUCUGUAAGAGGAGAAGAUAGAUUUCCCCAGCUAGACAACAUGAUCCUGUUCUACCACCAGCAUCUGAUCGAAAAUCUUCAACUGCUAGGCUAUUCGAAACGAGGGCCAAGUCUGAAGGACCUCCACCUGGAUUACAUCGAUCGGAUCCUGUAUGCGUCCGGUGCCUGCAUGGGAGUGCUACCGAUUUGUUUGAUGGAGAAAACGGAAAAUGCUUCCAUAGAUACGCUUAUGUCAGAUGGUGACGGGGGUCGCAUUUACCGAGAAAAAAUGUACGGAAAUCCGGCCUUUGUAAAGCAAAUGACGGAAAUACUCCCAUAUUUACUCGAUCACGGAGCGUUCGAUAUUCGACACAGCGGUUAUCAAACACCCAGUGGUAUUAUUAGUGAUUUCUUGACGCUUCCUGGCUGGUUCCGAAAGGAUUUUUUCAACGAGGUUGUCGAAAUGAAACUCCAAUUGCGAACCGGACAAUUCAGUAUUCGCCGAGUAUCGGUUGAAAUUGCUACCAAAAAGGGAGACAACUUCGGAUCGACCAUGUAUCGAGCUAAAUUGGAAGUGGAGAACAGAGUAACAUCCUCUGUUGAUACAUUUUCAGUUAUUGUUAAAACUCGUCCAACAGGAUUGGCUGAAGAUUUCAGCCAACAGCUAGAACCCUUCGAUAAAGAGAUCGAUAUGUACACCCGAAUUAUUCCAGCUUUCGAAGAACUGUACAGAAAGAAGUCUGCUAAUGUUGAGAUUGGACCAAGGUGUCUGAAAAUUUGCAAAGCAGUUCCCGGUGAUAUCAUCGUUAUGGAAGACCUAUGCUGUGUCAACUAUAGAGUAGCUAAGCGGCAAGAUGGAUUGGAUUCAAUCCAUGUAGAGUCAAUUCUCGAAAAGCUCGCGCAAUUUCACGCCGCAUCAGCGGUGUACAGAGAACUGCACGGUGAUUAUUCAGAAGCGUACAAAGAAGGACUGUACAGCAGGAAGAACCUUCCCAUGAUGGAAUCCAUGUUCUCUCCAGCAUACAAUGCUUGUUUGGAAGCCCUUGAAACGUUUCCGUUCGCAAAGGAUCACGUAGACGACCUACGAAACCUGCAGCCAGUAGCGUUCAGUCGAACAUUGAACUGUCUUGUGGUAGAUCCGAAUGGAUUUAACGUUCUGAACCACGGGGACUUCUGGUGUAAUAAUGUUAUGUUUCAGUACGACAACAAGAACAUUUUGAAGCAGAGUAAACUAAUAGACUUUCAAGUUUGUUUCUAUGGAUCACCGGUACUUGAUUUGAAUUUCUUCCUAUUUUCCACCGUCAGAAACGAUAUUAAACUGUCCAAACUCAGUUACUUCAUUCGCUAUUACCACGAAAAACUUGUGUACAAUUUGGCAUUACUUGGUUAUGGUAAACGUCUUCCCACAUUGAAGCAGUUACAGUUUGACUUCUACGAUAGACUAGUCUAUGGUGCGUCCUCCAUUUUCGGUGUGAUGGCACUAUGUCUCAUGGAUCCAUCCGAGGACACGAGUUUUGAGGUUUUGCAUCAAAACAAUGAAGCAGGCAGGCGAUUCCGUAAACUAAUGUACAGUAACGAGCGAUACGUUGAGGCGAUGAAAAGUUUGCUGCCAUUUUUGGCGAAAAGGGGGGUAUUCCAGCCGGAAGCAGAAAUAUGCAGAGUUGAGCGGAAAACAACGUAACUUUUGCUACAAGGAAGGGUAAAGUUUGUCCAAUAAUCGAACUGCCAUUAUAAAUAAACUGUUUCACAAAUAAAAAUGAGAACACACUCAAUUCGGCUCGGCAAUUUCCCUACAGCCGUGUUGUCAGCAAAUUUUGAAACUGAUAUCUCAGUAAAGUUUAGAUUUGUUUGCUGAUUUUCGGUGAAAUAUUUUCCGAGUACCAGUUAUGAAACGUCACUUUUACUGAGAUCUCAGCCAAAAAAUUGUUUACUGAGCUCUCAGCUGUUGAGAUCUCGGAAAAAGAUGUGAAAAAAGAUGAGAUUGGGCAGAAAAAAUAAGUGUGAAGUUGAGUAGAAACUUACUAAUUUCCUAUAACCUACCUAUACAUUGGGAUUCCGCUUAAACACUUUAGUGAUCCUGAUCACUAAUAGAAUAUCCAUUCUAACCGAAUUCUUCUUCAGAUCGAUGCUUCGAGUUUGGUAGUAACGUUUAAUCAGACGACUCACAGUUGAUUCUAGGUUGUUUUUCGAUGAAACAGUUGAGGAUUUUCCAGGUAAUUGCCCAAAAUCAAUUCGCAACGUUGCUUUUCGGGUGACGCCAUUUUUUACAAUUUUCGAAUAC